CUCUCUCGUUUUCAGAUGGACCGCUUCAAGCAAUUAGCACCGUUGGCCUCUCCUCUGCCUUGCGUCAUCCCGUCAUCAAUGAUUCAAACCUAAGAGACCGUGUCUAUCAAUUAAUUCAACAUUCUUGGGCGACCUCAACAAAACAAACAUACGCAGCCGGUAUUAAACGGUUUAUUUCUUUUUGUCUCGAAAAAGGGAUCGUGACACCUUGUUCACCUCUGCUGCCUGCGACUGAAAUUACUUUACUUUACUUUGUUGGACAUUUGUCCCAAUCAGUUUCUUAUGCAACUGUCAAAACGUAUCUAGCCAGCGUGUCUUAUCUGCACGUCAUUUUCCAAGUGCCAUUCAAUAUGGGGACCAUGCAACUAUUAGAAAAAUGCCUAAAAGGUCUGAAAUGCCUGAAGGGUGAAAAAAACGAGAGAUCGUCGGCCCAUCACUUUUAAAGAACUCGCAUGUCUUCAUCGUGCACUACGUCCCCAGUUUACAGAUUCUAUAGACAAUGUGAUGCUCUGGGCUGCCUUUACUUUAGCCUUUUUCGGCUUUCUGCGGUGCAGUGAGUUUACUUGUAAUUCCCCGUUUGAUCCUGAAUACCACCUUUCAAGAACUGGCAUUAUUUUCUACCCGAACAUUUUGAAUGCAGAACAAUUUGACGUCAUCAUCAAACGCUCAAAAACUGACCCAUUUCGCCGUGGAUGCCGUUUAACAAUUGGAUCAUCGCUUAAUGAAUUCUGCCCUGUACGAGCAAUGAAGAAUUAUUUACUCCAAACACCUUCCAUCCCCGAAAGUCGACCUCUUUUUCAGUUUGAAUCUGGAGCUCCACUCACCCGUGCAACACUAACUUCACAUCUACGCAGUUUACUUCAGCAGCAAGGACUAGACGAAACCCUGUAUGCUUCACAUAGCUUCAGAAUUGGAGCAGCUACAGCAGCUGGUUCAGCAGGACUCCCUACUUGGCUAAUAAAGACUCUUGGACGCUGGUCCUCAGAUUGUUAUGAAAGGUAUAUAAGAACUCCGAGGGACGUUUUAGUGUCUGUAACAUCAAAACUCAUUGCAAAUACAAACCAAAAGGUCUAAGUCCACUCUGUUAAUUAUUAUAUUUACUUUAGCUGUUAGUGGUAUAGCUUGCAUGGUUAUGUGGAUCCUUUUCGCGUACUUCAUGGAGGGUUGGUCAUUCAUACCGCGAUUUCAUAAUGCAAACAGAUCCAUUGAAUUUGCGUUAACGGUCCACAUGACCGGCUAAUAAUUAUAAGCGUGUCGUAGCCGGACUUGGCCGCGUCGGCAAUGAACUGAAACGGGUCUGUAACUAGUUUUUCCAAAUAAAAACAACCACAAAAGUUUAAACGCUUAACGAAUCUGCCUUACAUUGACAUGCUAUAAACGCAAAGAAAAAUUAUUUAAAAAAAAAAAAAAAAAGUCUCGCUAUUUCCUUGCCAUGCAGUUUAUUUUUAUCCACCCAUUUUUCACUUUAUUGCCGACCCGGUUGACUUUGUGCUGCUUCCCGUGGCGGAAAUGACAACCUAUACUUCGUGUAGAUUGUCAUUAAUGGCAGGGAAGUGCUGUCCGAUGGACAACACUUCACCACGUGAAGCGCAAUCACUGCUCAUUCAGGUCGCACUGAAGACCUGAAUGAGCAGUCCUAGAGACUCGAUGUGGUCAGUCAGGUUAUCAGUUGCGGCCCGGGGUAAUGUGCCCUAUACCAAUAGUUGUUCACCAGUCCAACUAGGUCUCAAUGUCGACGGCCUGACGGAUCUGAACGGGGUUCGCCUGUUCCCCUGUUAUCUAGAGGUCCGCCUGUUCCUCUAGAACAACCUACAGUUUUUGCGUGUAUCCUCAGCCAGCUUUGAGUACCCUGGGUAAUGUGCCCUAUACCAAUAGUUGUUCACCAGUCCAACUAGGUCUCAACUCGCUGAACGACAUGCACAGAGUCAAGCAUGCCCUCUGCAGUCUAGAGAUUCGCCUGUUUCUCUAGAUAAAACUUAGGUUAGCGAGAGCCUCUAGACAGUUCGGCCGGAACUGUUUUCGAGCACUUCUCUGCCCAAAAUAUAUGCCACAAAAAUGUGUUCCAAGUUAUUGUUGUCUUGCUUAGUUGCCAGUUGUUCGAUUUUAACUAUCUGUCUCUUUUCCAACAUAUUCAACUUCAUUAAAUAAUCAAUUUAAGCAAAGCUAUAAAUUGCGGUUAAUGGAGUAAUAUGUUCUAGAAGACUCCAUUUGCCCGAGGGUGUUCUCUGUCUGCCAACACAUCUGCGUCACAAAAUCAAUCCGUGCAAGGUACGUACAAGGUCCAAGUACCUUGGCAGAACAAGGGAACCGUUUUCUAGUCCUGUUAAUAUUACAAAAUAUCAGAUAAAAAUCGAACUUUGGCUACUAAGCAUGUGAACAACUGAUGCAAACUUGAGAUUAACCAAUCAGAAGUUAUCCUGAAGGUUUUCCUUCACGUGCAUACAUACAAUGCCCCCUUUUUGCGCAAGAACUUUUGAUCGCAGUUUCGACGUGCUUUGUUCAUUCUCAAGACUUUAGCCAGUGCGUUAACAUCUCUGGCAAAAUUUUUAGUUUAUAAUUCAAGGGAUAAAAACCUUGGCAAAGAAGUGAAAAUUUGGAAAAAAACCCACCCACCUCCCAAUAAUCAUGUACACCAAUCUGCGUCUCUACAAUGGCGUGUUGUAAGGACUGUUAACUAGUAAAAAUGGACAUUCCUGUAUAUAGUUAGACAUGUUACUCAUAGAUUUGUAACCCACUUGUGUAAAAAAAAAAAAAAUGCAAUAAAUAUUUAAUUACUGGCAGGGAAGUGCUGUCCGAUGGACAACACUUCACCACGUGAAGCGCAAUCACUGCUCAUUCAGGUCGCACUGAAGACCUGAAUGAGCAGUCCUAGAGACUCGAUGUGGUCAGUCAGGUUAUCAGUUGCGGCCCGGGGUAAUGUGCCCUAUACCAAUAGUUGUUCACCAGUCCAACUAGGUCUCAAUGUCGACGGCCUGACGGAUCUGAACGGGGGUUCGCCUGUUCCCCUGUUAUCUAGAGGUCCGCCUGUUCCUCUAGAACAACCUACAGUUUUUGCGUGUAUCCUCAGCCAGCUUUGAGUACCCUGGGUAAUGUGCCCUAUACCAAUAGUUGUUCACCAGUCCAACUAGGUCUCAACUCGCUGAACGACAUGCACAGAGUCAAGCAUGCCCUCUGCAGUCUAGAGAUUCGCCUGUUUCUCUAGAUAAAACUUAGGUUAGCGAGAGCCUCUAGACAGUUCGGCCGGAACUGUUUUCGAGCACUUCUCUGCCCAAAAUAUAUGCCACAAAAUGUGUUUCAAGUUAUUGUUGUCCUGCUUAGUGGCCAGUUGUUCGAUUUUAACUAUCUGUCUCUUUCCAACAUAUUCAACUUCAUUAAAAGGCAGUUUAAUAGUUUUAUAUUAAAGAACACUAACGAUUUUAAAACGCUUUGCGAAGCGUUUGUGGUUGAACUUUACCUUAAAUCGGGGCUUAUAUUACGUAUAAUAACAUACCUAACAUAUAUAUGUUGGGAAAUUAGUAAUUUUGUGAUUAAAAGUGAUAUUUAUAAGCGAUUUUUCAUUUGUAAGAAUAUUCUUAAAAAAUUAUCGUGUUACCAUGACA